AUGCUUGGACUAACCUCAGAUCACAGCUUGAAAGAUUUUCCUCCAGGGAAACCCAGUAGAGCCAAUAUCGGCAAUAUCUGCAGGAAAACUCGACCAAUUGUUUCAUAUGGUGCCAAGAACCUUCCCCAAACAGGAUUCUCACACCUCAGCAGACAAGGGGACGCCAUUAACAGUUUGGAGGAGGGAUACUCAAGGUGUUGCAAACAGUCUGAGAAACUGCGCUGCGCACUGGAAGCGUGGGAGAAUGCCUUGGAAAAUUUCUGCAAGGUGGAGUUUUCAAUAAAGACCAGUCACUACCACUGCUGCAAGAAGGAUGGCGCAGAGAGGAAGACCUGCUUCAGUGAUGAGGCCCCAAACCCCAACUAUAUCAGCUCUGCUCCCUUGCCGGAGAUUGGCAGUGCAGACAUCCCAUCAGUGCCCAUGCCCCGGAGCCUGAAACCUUGCUCUCCUCACUCAUCUACAUGCCAAAACAAUCCAGAAAGCAAAUACAGGCUUUCAGACCUGGCCUUUCCACCAGGAGAACCAAAAUCCAGCAACAUCCAGAACAUCUGCAAGCUGAGGAAAUACCGCCCGCUGUACUCUGACAAUGACCUGCCCACAAGUGGGUUCGGGCACUUUGUACGUCGGGCUAAAACCAUCUACCGCGUGGAGAACUCAUUCAGAAAAUGCUGCAAGACUGAAGAUGUGGCCUGUGCACACAGCGGGUGGCAGAAGGCUCUGUCCAAGUUUUGCGACAAAGAGUUGGAAGUGAAGACCAAGCAUUAUGAAUGUUGUAAGAAGAACGACCAAGCCAGUAUGAUUCGCUGUUUUGCCACUGAGGCCCCAUUUCCAGAGUAUGACAAGGAGGUGGAGACCCUGAACCUUAGCAAUAUCACAGAGAGCAUCCUGGAGAAGAUCUGCUCAGAGUGCAAGCUCCUCACUAAACAGAAACAGUUGCCUCUUCUGGUAUCGGACAUUAAGGAAUCCUGCUGCGUCCUUCCCCAGGAAAAGAGACUGACAUGUGCACAAGAGCAGAAAGAAAUAUUCAUGAAAACCCUGUGCGGCCCCAAAAUGAACUCUUGGAAGGACACUCAGAAUUGCUGCCGCAAGGACGAGCUGGAGAAGGAGGGAUGUUUCAACGUUUACCUGCAGAACGUCACCGUGGCCAUCUCACAUAGAAUGCAUAGCAUAAAGCUGGAAUAG